CAAUGCUGCGCCGCAACCCCACCCGCAUCGAGCUCCGCUCCUCCGACCGCGACGAGCUCGAGGACCACCUCCGCGCCGCCGCCGGCACCACCCCACCACCCGCCACCCCCACCGGCUACACCACGCCGCCCCGGCACACCACCUCCUCCUCCUCCUCCAACCCCCUCCUCCACCUCCUCCACCCGCCGCCCGGCGCCGCGCCUUCCAAGGCCCAGCGCAUCGGCCUCUCCACCACCACGACCCCCUCGGGCUCCAACCCACCCAGGCCCUCCUAGCUCCCUCCCCUCCCCUCAACCCCCCAAAGUCCAUCCCCAUGGAGGUCGAGAUCAAGCUCCGCCUCCCCGACGCCGCCGCCCACCGCCGCCUCUCCUCCUUCCUCGCGCCCCGCCUCCGCCGCACCCACGCCCAGCGCAACCUCUUCUUCGACGCCGCCGCGCGGACCCUCGCCGCGGCCACCGCCGCGCUCCGCGUGCGCCUCUACGGCCCCGACGACCGCGCGCCCCUCCGCGCGGUGCUCGCGCUCAAGCGCCGCCCGCGCAUCGACGCCGGCGUCAGCCGCGUCGAGGAGCUCGAGGACCCGCUCGACCCCGCCCUCGCCCUCGCCUGCGCCGACGACCCCGCGCGCCUCGGCGGGGUCGACUCCCCGAUCCUCCGCCUCGUCGCCGCCGAGUACGGCGUCGGGGGGCACGCCGCGCCCUUCGUCUGCCUCGGCGGGUUCCGGAACACGCGCGCCGUCUACGAGCUCCAGGACGAGGGCCUCGUGCUGGAGCUGGACGAGACGCGGUUCGACUUCGGGACCAGCUACGAGCUCGAGUGCGAGACGGCCGACCCUGACCGGGUCAAGGAGGUGCUGGAGCGCCUGCUCACGGUCGCCGGCGUGCCGUACCAGUACUCCCGGAGCAAUAAGUUCGCCUGCUUCAUGGCAGGGAAGCUGCUUCCUUGAGUAGGCAUUGAUCAGGCGGAGAUAUACAGCUGAUGCAGAGAGGUCCCCUCUGGUGAUCCAAGGACCAGGGCACAGGACUCCACAGCUGCAGCUGUUGUUGCUGCUGUUCCAGAAGACGGCAUCACGCCAUCUUGUUAGCACCAAAUCAGAGCAUUUGAUUGUUGUUGUGUGGCGGUGUGCGCUUUUGUGGGAGCGUUGUUCGAGAUCCAAUCCAAUGAACAUUUUGUCCAUUCAGCUGCUGUAGUGUGCGAACAACUGAAGCGUGCGACACUGGAAUAGGUUUUGAGACACGGCAUGGCGAGUUUAAUGUGCUGGUCACUUUGCCAUGAACAGCUUAUUCCAGACAAGAUUUCUGCAACAUUUUGUACACGGUGAUCCAGACAAGAUUUCUGCAACAUUUUGUACACGGUGGUGUCCGCAGUCAUCGGCAGCAGUGCUCGCCGGCCGCCGGUAUACGGCACCGGAUUCCGUGGGAAAACAACAGAGCCCCGUGAAGGUCUGGCAAGUGGGCCGGGUGCAGUACAGGAUGACAGGUGGGCCCUACCGUAACCCUCCCAUGGCCGUUGCCCUUCGGAGGGAGAUAAAACCAAACCAAUUCGAAAUGGGAAUCUCGCCUUGCCGGCCGGCCGGCCGCCACUCAAAUCGAAUCGGAGGCAUGGCCGCCGCCGCAGACGGAGAGCAGGACAAGGAGCUCCUCUCCUCGGUGGUGGCCGACAUCCGGAGCUACUCCGGCUCCGACCCCCUCCGCCCAUGGCUCCGAGGCGUGCGGAAGAUGGAGCGGGCGCUGCCGCCGGCGACGUUGCGGGAGAAGCUGCCCAGGUUCCUCCAGAAGUGCGCCCAGGAGUUCCAGGACGACCUACGCUACCGCGACGAUCCCCGCUACCUCCGCGUCUGGAUCCAGCUGGUGACCCACCCUCCGACUCCGAUUGCUGCAACCACCCGUCUCGGCCCUCUUCCUCGUCCCCUCUUUACUGCCGACCCAAUGCAUCAUAAAUUCAUGGUGGGGCUCUUGAGCAAGUAAGAAACCAUCUUACUGGGUUUUUCUUCAUUCUGUAGAUGGACUACGUGGCGGAUGCGAAGCCAUUGCUCAAGAAGAUGGAGAGGAAUCGAAUUGGCCUUAAGAGAGCUUCAUUUUAUAUGGCUUAUGCACUAUAUUAUGAGAAGCACAAGAGGUUCAAUGACGCGCAGAAGAUGUACAAUCUGGGGAUCCACAACCUGGCAGAGCCUAUCAGUGAGUUGCACAAAGCACAUGAACAGUUUAUUCUUCGAGUGGAAUCAUACAAGAGGAGGAAAGAUAAAUUGCAGCAAAGAAUGCCUACGAAAGCUGAUCCAAGUGCUAAAUUGCCUACAAAAGCUGGGCCUAGUACUACAUCUAUGAAGCAAGUUGAAGGUGAAAGCAGAAACGGUAAACAACCGAAAUCCAAUACAACUCAGAAGUCAGGGAGCAGUUCCACUUCAUUAGGUUGUUAUCCUCCAUUAGGGCCAGCUAAAGUUGGUAUGCUAUCCAGAGGCAACUCAGGAGCAAACAACAAUUUGUCCCGUUGUAAUAGCGACGAUACUGUAGUUGUAAGGUUUGUAGGCUCUGCAUUGGUUGGGAAGUCAGAAACUGAAGAUGCCUGCCAUCAUGGCCUAGUUGAACCAACUAUAAACACUAAGGAGGCUAUGGAUGCCAUCAAUAGCAUGUUUUUGGAGCCAGUGGAACCUGAGACAACACUCAAGAGACGCUCAAAGCGUGAAAAGACAAGCUGUAAUCAGCAAACAAGUGCAUUUGAUAUCUUUGUUGAUGAAGAUGAGCCUAACCAUAAUAAUCCAAAGAUGAUCCACAGCAAUAGCAUGAA